CGUCGACGUCGCGACGCCCUCACCAACGCAUUGGUGUGUCAAUUUUCAAUUUUUCCCUCUCGGGACGUAGCAAAAAUGUAAAUCUUUAAGAUCGCGAGCCAAAAAGCGCUCCGAAUCGAUACGAUUUCGUUCGCAAACAGAUUUUAAUCCUGUUUUUCUCGCAAAGAAAUGGAGCUUUUAAUAAUAAUUGAAGUGUUAAUAUGAUAAUAGAGGUUCGCUUAUUAAGGAGAAACUCAGUGUUGUCAUGUGCAACUUUAUGGAUAUUCCACGUAGUAUAGACGUCAAAAAGAAGAUUACAAUAUGUUAAAAAAACUGAAACACAUCGAUUCCGGUUAGAGAAGAAGAAAAAAAUAACAUCACAACGGGAACGAAGAUAACGAGUUCGUUGUUUUAAUAUUAAUUAUUAAUUGACAACCGAGUAAACGUUCAGUUUUAUGUAUGUAAGUGGUAAGAUGCUGCUUCUGGUGAUGUUGAGAUGACAAGAAAUCAUUGAAGAUGCCUGGAGGAAGACGGGGCUUAGUCGCCCCACAGAAUACAUUUUUAGAGAACAUUAUAAGACGUUCAAAUCAACAGCCAGACAGUAGUUUCUUACUGGCCAACGCUCAGAUUGUGGACUUCCCGAUUGUCUAUUGCAACGAGGCGUUCUGCAAGAUAUCAGGGUACAACAGAGCGGACGUGAUGCAAAAAUCUUGUAGGUGCGCCUUCAUGUUCGGCGAACUAACCGACAAGGAGACCAUCGGCAGGAUCGACCACGUACUCGAGCACCAGCUCCACGACCAGUUCGAAAUAUUGCUUUACAAGAAAAACAAGAACAAAGGCACUCCCGAAGAAACACCACUAUGGCUGCUCUUGCAAAUAUCGCCUAUCAAGAACGAACGGGAUCUCGUUGUCCUGUUUUUGCUCACAUUCAGAGAUAUUACCGCUUUAAAACAACCUAUAGAAACCGACGACACCAAAGGAGGUUUAUCAAAAUUUGCAAAGUUAGCAAGAUCAGUAACAAGAAGCAGAUCAGUGUUGGUGUCACAGUUUUCAUCUCAUUUGCCAAACUUGAAGGACACCACGAAACAAUCACACCUUGCUCAAAUGAUGAGUUUAAGUGCGGAUAUAAUGCCACAAUACAGGCAGGAGGCUCCAAAAACACCACCUCACAUCCUCCUGCAUUAUUGCGCUUUCAAGGCGAUUUGGGAUUGGAUCAUUUUGUGCCUCACCUUUUACACCGCUAUUAUGGUACCUUAUAACGUAGCUUUUAAAAAUAAAACGUCCGAAGACGUUUCGUUGUUGGUGGUGGACUCGAUUGUUGACGUUAUCUUUUUCAUCGAUAUCGUUUUGAAUUUUCACACAACCUUCGUUGGACCAGGUGGCGAAGUCGUUUCGGAUCCCAAAGUUAUACGAAUGAACUAUUUGAGAAGUUGGUUUAUCAUCGAUCUAUUAAGCUGUUUACCGUACGAUGUAUUCAAUGCCUUCGAUCACGACGAAGAUGGUAUCGGAAGUUUAUUUAGUGCUUUAAAAGUGGUGCGAUUGCUCAGAUUGGGUCGAGUUGUAAGGAAACUCGAUAGGUAUUUAGAGUACGGAGCGGCGAUGUUAAUUCUCCUGCUUUGUUUCUAUAUGCUGGUUGCUCAUUGGUUGGCUUGUAUUUGGUAUUCGAUAGGAAGAUGUGACGCAGAUAACGGUGUCCAAUACAGUUGGUUGUGGAAAUUAGCUAAUAUCACUCAGAAUCCGUAUUCAUACGUUUGGGAUAAUGGAUCGAGUACAUCGGAACUUAUUAAUGGACCAUCUAGGAAAACCAUGUACGUUACGGCGCUUUAUUUUACCAUGACCUGUAUGACAUCCGUUGGAUUCGGAAAUGUUGCUGCAGAAACUGAUAAUGAACGAAUAUUUACUAUUUGCAUGAUGAUAAUAGCCGCGCUCCUAUACGCUACAAUUUUCGGUCACGUAACAACAAUAAUUCAGCAAAUGACAAGCGCCACAGCAAAAUAUCACGAUAUGUUAAACAACGUAAGAGAAUUUAUGAAGCUACACGAAGUUCCUAAAGCUUUAUCGGAAAGAGUUAUGGAUUACGUGGUAUCCACGUGGGCAAUGACGAAGGGUUUGGAUCAGGAUAAGGUAAACGCACAGGUCCUGAACUUUUGCCCUAAAGACAUGAAGGCCGACAUAUGCGUUCAUCUUAACAGGAAGGUAUUCAACGAACACCCCGCCUUCCGGUUAGCUUCCGACGGAUGUUUAAGAGCUUUGGCCAUGCAUUUUACGAUGUCCCAUUCGGCACCCGGAGAUCUCCUCUAUCACACGGGAGAGUCGAUCGAUUCUUUGUGUUUUAUAGUAACCGGUUCGUUAGAAGUUAUUCAAGACGACGAGGUGGUAGCGAUCUUGGGAAAAGGUGACGUAUUCGGAGAUUCAUUUUGGAAGGGAAAAGCUGUGGGUCAAUCUGCAGCGAACGUCCGCGCUUUAACUUAUUGCGAUCUCCAUACAAUAAAAAGAGAUAAACUUCUUGAAGUGUUAGAUUUUUACGAGGCCUUUGCGAACAGUUUCGCAAGAAAUUUAGUUUUAACUUACAAUUUACGAAUGAGACAGAUUUUUCGAAAAGUUGCCGACGUUAGACGCGAAAAAGAAUUGGCCGAGCGACAAAAAAACGAACCUCAAUUAGAUCAAAAUCAAGACCAUCUCGUAAGAAAGAUUUUCUCAAAAUUUAAAAGAGAUAGAUCUCAACACGCCCCGGCUCCUCCACCAUCAGAUGUCGAAAAAGGAGAUGAAACCGAUAAAAACAUGGUUAGGGUGAUGUCUACCACUAAAUUAUCUGCCGUCGCUGAAAAAGAUGACGCAAGCGGAAACGGAUCCGUAACCACAAAAGUAGCAAGAACAACACCGGCAAGAACCAGUAAAUGGGGAAGAUUAUUAGGUUCAUCUAGCUUAGAUUCCAGCUCGGAGGCUCCUCAAAUCUCAUCAGCUUUCACAAGAAGUUUAAGUGCAAAAGAUGCAUCAAAAGAACGUCCGAGUUCAUCGUCAUCGGGAAGUAGUGGGAGCCAAAGUGGAAGCGGCAACAAAGUUUUCCCAAAACUUCAAAAAGUCUCCACAACAUCCAACCCGGGAAUAACAAGACAAGACACCAUCGAAGAAAUCGUCGAAAUCGAAGCACCUCAUCGCGGGGUUCAACUAAGAAAAAUGCAAAGUUACGAUUGCGGAUUAAGAGAUCCAUCCACAGCAUCGUUAUACCAAUCAUCUCAUCAUCAACAAGCAUCGAUCGCACCGCCCGAAUACAAAGAAUUAAUGACCAACUUAAUGGACUUUAAGGUUGACGUCAAACUGGAGAUUCAAAGACUCAAUCAGAAAAUGAGUCGAAUGGAGGAGAUGCUCGUCGAGCUUCUGGCGAAAGUAAGCGCUCAAAGCAGUUCCUCAACGUCUCCGCAAGGCGAUGACACAAAAAAAACGUCUUCCAUCAAUACUCCUCCAGAGCGACCGACCGAUCUUUUACCGUACGCCGAAGGAACCGGUUUGGGGCCUUUAAUUUUAAGGAAAAGGAGAUCGAAAAGUCGAAAUAAAGGAACCGCACCGCAAGCGCCAACACCAUCGAAAGGAACGCCGGACAGUGCCACCGCAAGUCCAACGGAAACGACUAAAAUGUUAGAUGACCCGUCCUCGAGGAAAUCUGCGGAUUUUCUCUAGCACCAUUUUGUAGGAUAGAGUAGAUAUUAGUUGAUGCCUGCCACCGGUAAAAUUCUUUAAAUAGAUGGAUAUCGUAAUGUAAUAAGUAAAAUUUAUAACCCUUUAACACACAAAAUUUAAACCAAACAAAUUUAU